CUGGUUGCAAGUCGAUUCACCUUUGGGAUCUUGUACCAUUGCGGACAUAGAGAUAGAAGCGACUAUACCCGGCAAGAACGCAAGAUCAUGACAACAGAGCCCAAAGACCUGCUCCUCCUUGUCUGGGUCCACGGUUUCAAGGGUAAUGACGUGACUUUUGAGUCUUUCCCAGACAGGAUAUGCCACCUCUUGCGGACUACCCACGAGUCAUUGAGGGUGGAAUCUCGAGUGUUUCCCAUGUAUCAGACGCGGGGAGAGCUGCACGCAGCUACAUUGGCUUUUGUUGACUGGUUGACGGAGCUUGUAGUCAAUUUGGAGAACGACCAUGGCCAAGGUGGAGGGGCCGGGAAGGCCAAGAUAGUACUCAUGGGUCAUUCCAUGGGAGGUCUGUUAUGUGCCGACACGUUACGGGAUAUUGCGCGGAAUACCAGAGAGGAGGAUCCUAUGUGGCCGAAAGUGGUCGGCAUUCUAGCGUUCGACACGCCAUAUUUAGGGUUGCACCCUCACACAUUUAAACAUCAUAUUUCCCAGGCAGCCACAUACUUUGACCACGCCCGAAGCAUAGCUUCUGCCGCGACCAUGCUAUCUCCCGUGGCUUCUAGCCUCGGCUGGAACAUGUUUGGCAAAAAGUCUGAUGCCUCAGCCAACUCUUCGAAUGCGCAAGCUUCUUCCAGCAAGGGCAAAAGUCGAUCCACAACAGUCACUGAAACCUCCGAGCAGUCUGCUGAAAAGUCUGCCGCCUCCAACACGUUUUGGUCCGGUCUAUCUCAAGUGUCUUCUGGCAAAAAAAUGUACGGUCUUGGAGCAGCUGCUCUGGGUGCGGCGGCAAUGGGAGCAGCGUACUAUCGCCGUGAAGACUUUGUGACGGGGUGGAAAUGGGGGUACGAGCAUAUGACUUUUGUCAAAAACCUUUGGGAUUCAGAGGGGAUGACGACGAGGCUGGAAGCAGUUGAUGGAUUGAUCAAGGAGAGGGGGCUGUUGUUUAGCAAGUGAGUCGUCCCUGUGUAUCAACUUGAUGGAAACCGAUACGGAGCAGCUACUACUCGCAUCUGCCGCCAAAUCCCCCCGACCAUCUCGUCGCGCGCACUUUCUCAAUACUCCCCCCAACAAACCACCCUCUUUACCCUUACUUUCGCCCAGCUUCAAAUACACUCGCAAAAGAUGAAGUCUCGGCGCACAUGGGCAUGUUUAAUCCCAAGACAAAUGAUGGGUUCUAUGACCUCGGGCUGGCGGUAGUGAAAGAGAUUGGGGAGCGGAUAGAAAGAGAAGGCGUUGGGAGAAAGGAAGGUAUAGUCGAAGAAGAGCUGGGGGCGGGUGAAGAAAGAGAGGCGACAGGAGAGAAAGAUAACCAGAAGGAUGAAGGGAUUUGGAGAGUGGAGAAGGACGAGAAUGGCAAGGAAGUCUGGGUAGAAACCUGACCUGAUGGAAAACGGCUAUAUGUAGAAGGGUUGUUUUGACCAACUUCUUGUGGCUCCUUUUUGUUUUACACACGUCACUUUGCCAGGGAAUUGACCGCAUCGAAUCAAGAGCGGAUAUUCCCUGGGCGAGUACAACCUCGAGAUUGUCUAGGUCCUGUCCGACAUGAUUUCAUUCGACUUCCUUGUUUUCCUGGGAAGGUUACUUUGCAGCCCCACGGCUCCAUACAAGCUCCCCAUCCCACCUCGCCUACAUACAUACACUUUUGAUAGAUGCACGAAGAUGCGGCUCGGCAA